GGGCCGCUUCGCUUUCGGGACGGAGCCGGCCAGAGCCGAGCCGGGGCCGCCACAACGGAGCCGGGAACGGCGUCGCGCGGGCCGCGGCGGCAGCCGGAGCGUUUGGGGGACAGGACCGCGGGAACCCGGAAACGCCCGCGCCGCACCGGGCAGGCGGCGGAGGGAGCGGACGGCGCCGCGCGGCCGGGGACCCGGGGGACGCGGGGGACGCGGGGGGCCCGGGGGGCACAGCAGCCCCGGGCGCCCGACGGAGCCGAGCCGUCGCCGCCCGAGCGCGCAGCCGGCCGAGCUGCCCCGCAGGCAGAUGCAGAUAAAGCGAUGUCUGCCAACCUAAAAUACCUGUCCUUGGGGAUUUUGGUCUUUCAGACGACCAGUCUGGUUCUAACGAUGCGCUAUUCCAGGACUUUGAAAGAGGAGGGGCCUCGCUACCUCUCCUCCACCGCAGUGGUGGUCGCUGAGCUCUUGAAGAUAAUGGCCUGCGUUUUGUUAGUCUACAAAGACAACAAAUGUAGUCUAAGAGCACUGAAUCGAAUACUACAUGAUGAAAUUCUUAAUAAGCCUAUGGAAACGCUUAAACUUGCCAUUCCAUCAGGGAUAUAUACUCUGCAGAAUAACUUACUCUACGUGGCACUGUCCAACCUGGACGCAGCUACCUAUCAGGUCACGUAUCAGCUGAAAAUUCUGACGACGGCACUAUUUUCUGUGUCUAUGCUCAGUAAAAAACUCGGUGUGUACCAGUGGCUCUCCCUGGUCAUUCUGAUGGCCGGCGUUGCCUUUGUACAGUGGCCCUCGGACUCGCAGGAGCCGGACGCGAGGGAGCUGUCGGCGGGCUCGCAGUUCGUGGGCCUCAUGGCGGUGCUCAUAGCCUGCGUCUCCAGCGGCUUCGCCGGGGUGUACUUCGAGAAAAUCCUCAAAGAAACCAAGCAGUCGGUGUGGAUAAGAAACAUUCAGCUGGGUUUCUUUGGGAGCAUGUUUGGACUGAUGGGUGUGUACGUUUAUGAUGGAGACCUGGUAUCAAAGAAUGGAUUUUUUCAGGGAUAUAACCGACUGACCUGGACAGUUGUUGCUCUUCAGGCACUUGGAGGUCUUGUAAUAGCUGCUGUUAUCAAGUAUGCAGAUAAUAUUCUAAAAGGAUUCGCAACCUCUUUAUCCAUAAUAUUAUCAACACUGAUAUCUUAUUUUUGGCUACAAGAUUUUGUGCCAACCAGUGUCUUUUUCCUUGGAGCUCUCCUCGUGAUAACAGCCACUUUCCUCUACGGCUACGACCCCAAGCCCGCAGGAAACCCCACGAGAGCGUAGCCGUGGCCGCCCUGACUGCUUCUCCCACGGCGCGCGCCUCCGCGUCCUCCGGCUCAGCGGGCUCCUCGACCCCGAAGGCAUCGCGCUGAAUCUGACCACAGUGUCUAAAUGGUUUGGAAAUACAAGUGUUGAAGGGUGAAAUAUGUGUGUCUGUCACAAAAUUCCUACCACAUCUAGGAAUCAAAACUUGAAAGUGUUUCCAGGGAUUAGAAUUAUUGGAGGAGACUUGAAAUCUGAGGUGAGAAAGAUUGGGCCAUUUCGAUCGCUGCAGACAUGUCCUGUGCUCUCCUCGCAAGAGCACAGACGCACACGCGUGACAGCUGUCAGGUCAGCUUCUGCGGCCAGACCGAUUUCAUUUUAGCCAGCGAUUUUGUCUUACUCUGCCUGCACAGUUACAGCAAAUUACAUGGGAUAUUCAGAGUUUUGAUAUUAUAAUUUCCUGUAAAGCUGUGAAGAAAUAGAAGUAUCACCUGAAACACAUUUACAUGUUCCCGAGAUUUCUAUAUUUAUACAAAAAUUGGUAAACAAGAGUGUGCUAGAUGCUGUUUGUUCCACUACACAAAUUGAUGAAGUGACCUUCUGGGUCUGAUUUGUCAGAGAACAAAACUCCUAGUCCUGUUUAAAGUUCACGGAGAGGGAUGCACCCGCCUGUCGCCGCACCCCCUGCUCUAGGCCUCCCCGGCCGCGCAGCCGCUGCCGCGGGGGCCAGAGCCGUGCGCGCUGGCGGGGCCGUGCUCUCAUCCCGCUGCAUUUCUUUUCUGUGACCCUGAUAAGCCUCUAAUAGUGCUUUAAAUUAAAUUGCAGUGUAUGUUCAUUAAGGUCCUAAUAUGUAAUUUUAAAGGGAUUAAAUACUCAUUUAAUAACUUAAAAUAAAAUAAUUAUUAUCUAAUAUCUCCAUUUGGAGAGUUUUGAACUAUCAAGGCACGUACUGUACACAAUUAGAAUGGUUUUAAUGAGCAUUUUACCCACUGAUCUGUAAAAUCUACAGCUGUUGACAGAAACCACCACCAAAAAACAGUAGGACUGACGUCACGGGAUUGAGACCCGAGCGACUUGUCUUGGAGACAUCCCAGGUUGUCGCGCUGCUACGCUCUUCUUGGUGGCCCUCUCACCCACGCCCCAGGCCGCUCAGCAGAGCUUCGGGGCCUCUGCGAAGCCCCUGUCCCCAGGCUGUUCCGGUCCCAGAGUGGAGCCCCCCUUCUGUGCUGCUGGGCGGAGCCGCCACCCAGCACGGCUUUAAAAUGGCGGUUUCUUUUCCACUUCGAUUAGCACUGGAGUUGGAGUUGCAGAUUCCAUUAGUUAUUUAAUACAUUGGUACAAGGGAGAGAUAAUAUAGCAAAAGGAAUAAGAUGAAUUGGUGGGCAAAAAUACUUUCUAAAACUGGAAUGUGGGUUUAAUUAUUGGCCAGACAGAAUCACCCAUUGAGUAGAAGUAUUUUACUUUAUUUUUUCAUUCAUACUUUAUAUAUUUUUUAAGAAGCUUCCUGUUCUAAUAGUAUAAAAAUGGUAAGAAAUAAAUAUUUUUAUAUCUUGGGGACUCUGUUGGGCAGAAUUUGGCUCAGAAACUCCAUUUACAGAGCCUCGGGUGCCCUGUGCCGCUCUGGGCAGCUGUUGCUUUAUGGGUACAGCCCUGGUCUCCAUAGGCCGUGGGGCUAAUCCGUUUCACCCAGAGUUUAAAUGGGUUUAAAAUGACAAAAUAUUUGAAAUCAUUUUGCUGGUGAUUCCAGUUGGGCACCAGGCAGACUUUCUGGAAGCCUCACUGACUGAUCUUUGGUGGCCAGGUAAAAGCAUCUUCUCAACUAUUUGUUUAGUAACUCCCACGCUUGGAGCGCAGUGCUUUCGGACGGGAUGGCUUGCAGGCUCCUACCUGGCCUAAGCCGUGCGGAACCCAAACCCCGCAGAGGCGGGGAACACGGGGCUCAACGCAGAGGUGCGUGUGCGUCCGCAGGGAGUCCUGCCGGGGCAGUUUAAUCAUGUAUUAAUUCAGGAGCUGCUCACAAUGAAUUGUGAAUUCAAGUUUAGCCUGACCUUAUUUUAACACUUCAAAAAAUAACCCAGGAGCGUGACCGGAUAUCCAGUAUGUUAGUUGCAGUGAUAACAUAUUUUCAGCUGUCCAAAAUAACACACUUUUCAAGAUUCCCAACACAAUUUAUAAAAUUAUAAUCAAGAGUUGUGAAAAAAAGAGAAAAUAGCCUAAAGUAUACAAGUAUUUCAAAGCAAUUUUUAAUUGUAUUUUUCUUUUCUAGUCAGGUUGAAAACAUUAUUAGAGAUUGGGUGGUAUAGCUCCUACUUUUUAAUUCAUAGAGAAAUAGUCAUAUUUGGGGGAACCUGUAUUCUGGGCCAGGUCACAUUUGUACACAGAUGGUACAGUUCUUGUGGUGGGGGCGGGGGACGGGGUUGUCAUCACCUCCAAGAGCCUUCUUGUGUCAACCUUUUAUAGUGACAGCUCCUCGAUUAUGUAAAUUCUUACACUUUUUAAAGUUCACUUAUUAUCUCUCAGCUACUUUUUUCACUAUAAAAAUACGCUAAUUCAUGGGAGAAAAGCGCCCGCUGAUAGAUCUGUUAAAACUGAAGAACGUGGAGUUUGGGAGUAACAGUCUGAAAGGCUGCAGACGCCACAGUGGGGACAGAGCGCAGUCUGCCAACAAGCGAGUUGCCCUGGCCACACUGUGGGCCACGCUUAUGGUGGGAAAUGGAGCUCAGAGAUGCGAAAUUUAAAUGUUUACGUCAGUGCGUGGUGAAUGUCACAAUUUCAUGAAGGAAGAGUAGUUUGAUAUUUCAACUGGGUUCUAAGAGACAGCAUCUGAAAGGAAACCAGCUUGGUACUCGGUAGAUGUGGGGUGACGCUGACUGUUCUUAUUAAGGAUUGAUACACCUUUCCUGCAUAUCAUGUUAGUGGACUUUUAAAAUGCCAUUGCAUAGUCAUUCAACUGAGUCUUUUUUUAAAAAACAGGGUGUAGCGUUACUCAUUUUAUUUACAAUUUUAUUGUUAUAAUAUUUAAUGACAUGUGGAUGCAUGCUUUGCAUAAGAAAACGUUUAUAAAAUUUAUUUAUGCUAUAUUGAAAUACAUUUUAAGAAUCUCUAGGAUAUGUAGCAUAUUUAAAGUAAUUAUAGGAUCAAAGAAAAAGCACCUUUAUCAAAAUCUGGUCCUAUGUGCCUUGCUAUACCAAAAUACCUGACUUUUUUUCUGGAGAAUAUUACUGUAAUUCACAGCUUUGGACGCAUGGGCAAAACGAGGACGUUGUGAGAAUAACUGUAACUCAGCGUUUGGUCGUCUCAACAUUGGCCCUGUAAGUCCACUACCCGACAAGGUUAGCAGAGGCCCACCCUGCACACGGCGUCGGCAGGUGGCGCUCGUGGGCGCCCGGGGCGUCCCCUGUGCGUAGCGGCCCUGUUUUGUGUUACCGCUUGUUAUGAGAUAUAAUUUACUGUGAUUUAAACAGAUAUUUUUAUGGGUUCUGAAUUUGUAUGUCUGUGUAUUUUAUUUGUGUAGGAAGAUUCUUUUGGGCUUGGGAAUGUAAUUUGUAUAUUUAAAUUUUUUAUGACAUCAUUCAAAGAAAUAUAUAAACUGGUCUUUUGUUAAAUGGAUUUUUUUUAAUGGAUAAGUUUCGUCGUCAUUUUUUGGUAUCCAGCUGUCUACUUAGUAGAUGUAUGGAAACAGUUAUUUUCGUAACUAACCGUGUAACUUUCUCCCCG